ACAGUUAUGCAGUUUUUACCUUUAUGUUCUUGGUGUUUUCUUCUCAGCAAAGUCAGAGUGAAGUCAAAUCGUUACUUUAUGCUUCCAGGGCACAAAACUGCUAAUUUCUCUCUACUAAUGUCAUCUAGUGUUAAUAAGCGUGAACAAAUCGACUCUGCUCAGUGUUCAGAAGGCACUUGGAGCAUCAAUUAUGUUUCUGGGGACCUGUUCUCCUGCCCUCCGGAUGAGUCCUUGGCCCACUGCAUCAGUGAGGACUGCCGCAUGGGGGCAGGCAUCGCUGUCAUGUUCAAGAAUGAGUUUGGUGGAGUGGAGGAAUUAAAGGGACAGAGGAAACACGUGGGACAGUGUGCUGUACUGGAAAGAGGCGGACGUUUUGUGUACUACCUGAUUACAAAGAAAAUAUACAAGCACAAACCAACAUAUAAGAGUGUGAAACAGAGCUUAGAAGAUAUGAAGUCUCAUUGUGUUAUGAAUAAGGUAUCCAAAGUGUCUAUGCCCAGAAUUGGCUGUGGCCGGGACAAACUGAACUGGACACGAAUUUCUGAAACUCUGAAAGAGGUUUUGGAACCUUCAAAUAUUUCAAUUACUGUCUAUAGCCUCCCUGAGAAAACCAAGACCCCAGUGAUGAGAGAAAAUCCUCACCAAGAAUUGCCUGCAACACUCCCCCCUGCUGCCCAGUGUUCAGAAGGCACUUGGAGCAUCAAUUAUGUUUCCGGGGACCUGUUCUCCUGCCCUCUGGAUGAGUCCUUGGCCCACUGCAUCAGCGAAGACUGCCGCAUGGGGGCAGGCAUCGCUGUCAUGUUCAAAAAGAAGUUUGGUGGAGUGGAGGAUUUAAAGGGACAGAAGAAGCAGGUGGGGCAGUGUGCUGUACUGAAAAGAGGCAGUCGCUUUGUGUACUAUCUGAUUACAAAGAAAAUAUACAACCACAAACCAACAUAUGACAGUCUGAAACAGAGCUUAGAAGAUAUGAAAUCUCAUUGUCUUAUCAAUGCGGUAUCCAAAGUGUCAAUGCCCAGAAUUGGCUGUGGCCUAGACAGACUAGAGUGGAAGCGCGUUUCUGAGAUUCUGAAGGAGGUUUUUGAACAUUCAGAUAUUUCAGUCACUGUCUACAGCCUCGAGGCAGUCCCAACUGCUCAGCAGACUAAGCAGCUUGCUUAGGGCCCCGAGGCCACUAGAGGGCCAAAAUGAUGAUUGUAAAGUUUUUUGGGAACUAAAUGGUGCUCAGCCUCCCGAGAAAACCUAGACCCCAGUGAUUAAAGAACACUUACCAAAAAGUAAAAAAAAAUAAAAAAUUCAAGUAAUAUGUUUUAUUAAUGUUCUGCUAUUUUAAAUAUGUUAAAGUGGUAAUUUACAAUGCAGAUUGUGUUUUCUAUUAAACUUUUUGUUCUGUAUAGUGAUGCACAUUGAUUAAAAAUGCAUUGUUUGUCCAA